GUUCAUGUGGGAUUGUUUCCAGCAGCACAUCAACUUUAAUUCAGUUGCCCGGUCCAAGAGCAGAGAGAGGGAAGUGGAGAAGAAAGACACAGAGAGCGUACAAGGCCGAUCCAAAGAGAAGAAGGAGGAAAAGGAACGGAAAGAGAGAAAACGAGAUCACGCCGUCAACGACCGCGAGGCCAGCCAAGAGUCCAAGCGGAGGAAGGACGAGAACGGCACCAAUUCCUCCAAAAACAGCCAGAGCACGAGUCCUUCCUGCGACUCUCCUCUGACGCCGGAGAAGGAGAAGACCAAGAGAUCCAAGUCCUCGAGCAAGGAGAAGGCCGAGUCCGCGAAAGCCGAACGAACGUCUUCCGGAGGCAAGAAGGAGUCCAGACAUGACAAGUCUGAGAAGAAGGAGAAGAGGGACAGCGCUGGAGGGAAGGAGGAGAAAAAGCAUCAUAAGUCGUCUGACAAGCACAGAUAAUGUGCACUAAUCAGUGAAGCAGAAAUGGAUAAGCUGUACUUUUAUCUGCAAGACAUCCACAACUCCACCUGUACCACUUAUUGACUUUCAUUCUUAUUUACGAUUGUAUUUUUCUUUACUUUUUUUUCUUCCCCCCCCAUGCCUGUUGUUAGCUGUGGUUAAUUCACGCAUUAUCCAAUUAUUCUUCCUGUUUCAGACGAUAAACCAGCUGAAUAAAUUUUGUCUUAUUUUUAUAAUAAUAUAUCUAUAUCUAUAUAUAUAUAGAUAUAUCUAUAUAUAUAUAAAUAUACAUAAAAUAGUUUGGGCACAAGGUGCGUAAUCACAGUGUUAUCCUACCAGAAAUGUGGUUACUGUAUGAAAUGAUCUUUUGGUAGCAAAUGGUCAUGGAUUCAAUAAUCUCAUGUUUGAAAACAGUUUUUUAUUUUUGUUUUUGUACGAUGUCGGGCCUUGCGUU